AUGGCAGCCACCGCUUCAGGCUCUGCCGAUGACAGCAAGCAGAUCAAAUGCGAUGAGGAGCUAUGGUAUUCGGACGGGAACAUCGUCCUUAUAGCACAGAAUCAUGCAUUUCGCGUUUACAAAGGGCAACUAGCCCAGCACUCAGAGGUUUUCAGCGGCCUCUUUUCAAUGCAGCACACAGGCGAGGAGAAUAUGGAAGAUUGUCCUGUCGUACAUCUCCCUGACUCUGCCAACGAAUUGCGUCAUCUCUUACGGUUUAUCUUUUACUACAGGAAAUAUUACAAGGAUGACAUCGUCUUGAAGUUUCCUACUGUCGCGGGGCUUAUCCGCAUAGGGCAUAAGUACCUGGUCCACGAGUCAGUAGCCGAGGGGCUCAGUCGUCUACGAUCCAUAUAUGGUACACAUCUUCCCGACUACAUCGCCUUUCGUCGUCGUCGUGACCGCAAAACGCGUGGCAUGCAGUACCGCCCCAAACAUGCAAUCGGUGUUGUGAAUCUUGCACGCCUAAUCAGUGCGGAUGACAUCCUCCCUACGGCGCUCUACGACUGCUGUCACCUCAGUACACACAUCCUUACGAAUGGAGUGCGGUAUGCCGAUGGCUCAAUCGAGCGAUUGGCACCAAAUGAUUUGGCAAUAUGCUUCGACGGACAAAGGCGGCUCAUGUUCGCAAACUCUUCUGCAUUUUACAAAAUGUUCGAUCUGGAUGCAAACAGGCCUAGAUCAGGCCGGUAUGGAUGCUACACUGUCGGAGAAUGCGGCUCUGCUUUGGACGCGAUUAUCGACGACUGCAUUGAACGCGGACUGCAAUUGCAUCCAAAUGGUCUCGCAAUUUGGUCAUCGAUCAUCAACUUGCGCAAGUCUUCAAUCCAGGAAAGGCUAGAGAGCCUCGGUUCAGCAUUGUGUCCUUCUUGCAGGCGGUUUCUCAAUUAUCAUAAUAAUGAGGCAUGGUACACACUAUCCGAUACUCUUCCCUCGAUAUUCGGACUCACGGUUGAGAAUUGGGAAUCCUCCCACCCAUCGCGACCUCGAGAGGUAGAGAACGUUGAGCGACCGCCAUCAUCUACCUCGGAACUGGCAUCCGAGACCGAUUCAGAGCCACUCUGA